AUGGCUACUCAACCAGAGGGCGUGGCUUACACCGUCAAUGAUCAUCAUAAUGAACAGCAUAUACCAAACCGUCCACAGACAAGCCAGCGAAAAUCCUCCUUCUCAGAAGCCCUCACCAAAAUCACCUCAAAUACCUUCAAUAGACGGCGUACAAAUACAGGUAUCCCAAGCUCUACUUCUUCAAUUGCCAUCAACCACCAUUCUCGCAUACCAACUCCAGCGGGCAUCGACCGUAGCACCUCAUUCUUCAGCACCCUUAACACCUUUGCUUCCAAGUCCACCACAUCUACGAGCGAGGAAAGCCCACAGCCACCCCUCACCAGACGCUCUCGCAAGAUCUCUGAACGUUUAGCUCAGACUCCAUUCUUCAGUCACCAGCAUCAGCAACAGUGCGCCUUGACACCUAGAAAUAACCGCGAAUCAAGCGUCAAAAUCGAGCAACGAGGCCUAAUGCAGCCAGUUCAUCCGCCGCUGCCUCGCAGCAACACGAUCGGUAACCUCGGCCAGAGCCAACAGAGCUCACCUCACACGCCUGGCUUCAUGCGUCCGACAACCAGCAGCGCUCGUCGUAGCAGCACAAUGGGACGCAGUAAUACCGCAGCACCUAGCAGCAUGGCGGGGGGUAGCAAUAUUGCAGUGCAAUGCCAGAGGAAUUCUUCUCUACGUACCAUCACAGGCUCCAGCACUCCGAGCAAGACCCCAACACAGGCACGUCAAGUCCCAGCCGACGCGUUCCCCGCCCGUAACGACAGUCUCGUAUCUGCUCCCAGCAUGACAGACGGGCCAGGGCCAGCUUUCGAAUCAGAGACUAACUCAACUGAUUACAGCGAUGGGGCGAAUUUUCAGGUCACUAAUCAGCAUGCUCAUGAGAUAGUUAUGACCAAAGAGAGCGAUAACGGUAAGCCCAAGGCAUCGGCUGACCAUAUGUAUCAAAUUCGCCGAGGUCCUCAAGCCAAAGACGCCAAGAGAGGCAUCUUGAAGUCCAACAACAAGAACCACAAUCUCAGCGAAGAUCUCAGCAACCUCUACGUCGACGGCGAGGUGGAUAGCAGCAAGGGGGAGCGCGAUAUCGAUGAAAUGAAGGCUCGCAGCGAUCAAGGUACACUGGAGUAUUCAGAACGUACAGGAUCUCCUGAAUCUUCGAACCCGCGUUUGAUCCAUGAAGCCCAGGCCCCCAUGUGGUGGCUAGGCCGCUACACGGCCCUCUCAGACCGUUUCCGCACCAGUGCCCUUCCCUCCCCGCCCUCUUCGCCCUCCAGACCCCAAUCCUCUAAAACCGAAUUCUCCUCUAUGAACGAACCCUCUCAAACUGGGCUUACCUCAGCCUCCAGCUCCAACGCAAACCACCCCAUGCAUGACACGGAUCGCCGCAACCGCCGCGUCUACAUCCACCUGCGCUCUCUCUGCACGACCGAGGAGGCGCGCGCCAGCUUGGACGAAUUCAAGGGGAUCAUGGAAGCGAGGGAGAAGAAGAUAGCAGCGGGUUCGCAAGGCAAAACUGUGAAGGAAAAGCAGGGGUGGUUGGAGGGGUUGAUGGGGAAGAAGAAAAAGGGGGAGAAGUGA